UUUGACUAAGGCAUCUUCCAUCGUGACAAGGGCAGCUGCCGUGGGGCGAAAGACUUGUCCUUUUGGAAGGGAAGUGGACGACGUUGCGGGUGUCAGCGGCGCCCGUCAGCCGCCUAGCUUUAGUCCCCGCCGGGAAGGGUGUCAAUGGAUAUUAUAAAAGGAAGCUUAGAUGGAAUUUCAAAACCAGCUUCAAGUUCAAGAUCAUGUCCUGGGAGCAGAGGUUCAAAUGCUUCUUUGGAGGUGCUCUCACCAGAACCAGGGUCAUUCAAGAUUGGCAUUGCAAACAAGUUGAAUUCUAGUAAGGAGGACCACUCAUCAAACAGUGAUAGUGAAGAAAGAAGAAAUUGUCAUGAUGAUAAAUGGAAAGACUACUCCGAGGAACUAAAGCUGUCCAGAGAGGGGUCAGAUGAAGAGCUGGACUUGUGUCAACAUCAGAUAAUCCUUGAGCAAUCAGAUGAUCCCAAAUUAGAAGUACUGGAUUCUCAGCUUCGAGAUGCUAUUUGUAAGAUGCAGAGGCUUGAUAAGAUACUGGCAAAAAGACAAUGCAGAGAAAAGGAAAUUAAAAGACAAGGUGUGGAAAUGAGGAUAAAGUUGUGGGAAGAGCUUAAG